UUUUUAUCUUCAACUUGCUAAAGAGAGGCUUCCAGCAGCAGUCAUGAUUAGUUCGAACUGAAGACAGUCCAAGAACUCCGUUGUGUUGAUUACUAUGAUCAUUAGGUCAUUUUAUCAGUAUGUCAUCCUUUAACUGAUCUUUUGAUUACGCCCACUGCCAUAUUAUGUAACUGAAUCUAUCUCUUUUCCUUUCGUGGUGGAAUUGGAUGUUCCUCCUAUUUAAUAGAAAUGUAUACAUUUUUUGCAAUAGUAAGGGAUUAUUAAGUUUGCUCAUCUCAUUUGUCGUCGCAUCAUCCCUUUCCUCUAGGUUGACCGCAGUGCGCAGUGGCGGUGCUCAUGUCUGCAUCAUCCGCAUCCGUUGUGUGUGCUCCCGUGCAUGUUGCUGAGGGACGCCUGCCCCUGCUGCAAGGACUGCCACUGUGGUUAUGGAAGACGCUACAGAUAAAUCAGCUCGAUGUCGACUUUGCUACAUUAUCUCGAUUUGUGUUGCAUGCCACUUUGAACUUCUACCUAGGCAAUGCGUGGCAAGCCGUGCUUUACAUUGGUUCAACCAGCCCUCUCAUCAAGUAUUAUGUUUGUGGGAUGAAUAAGACACUGGUCACUCCUGGACUAAGGAUGCACUUCUCCUGCCACUUAACAAAAAAUAAUCAGAAGAACCAUCUCAAUGAACCAGUCGAGGACAUGAUGGUCAGUCUCAGCGUUGGAGAUGUUACGAGACAGGUUUGGCGCAUAAGAGGAACACAAAAAAAAGCAAUUUGUCAGACUUUGUCAAGGCGGGAGGGAUCAGAGAGUAUCAAAUGUGUUUCUUCGCCUUCAAAAUUGAAAGGGGGAAACCAUCGCUCACUCUCCAUAAUAAGCUUUAAAAAUCUAAGGUAGGAAAUCACAAGUCUAUACAGAAUCAUUC